GUUAGUCUUAUGCAGCAAAUGGUCCUCUUCUUCACCUGAAAUGAAGGAGAAUUCCCUGGUUUUUGUCUUCCUCUAGUGAGAGCAGAUUCCUGAUUUUAAGUUCACCAAAAAACAAGCCCUAUUACCAACAAGAAGAAAGAAAGAAACAAUUGAGUUUUGGAAAAGGAAAAAGAGACAAAAUUUGUAUAAUUAUCUCAAAAUCUUUUGUUCAAAAUGUCAAAUAUCACAGGUGACGAAGGGAGCUUCUCUUCAGGAAAUACUGGGGAAGAAGUCCACCAGCUUCAAGAAAAGCAGCACCAACAAAAUCACUUACAGGGUUCCACUGCAGGACCUUCUGCUGCAUCUAACAGCAAUGGCUCUACCUCUCAACAACAACAACAACAACCGGUUGCAAAGAAGAAAAGGAAUCUCCCGGGAACUCCAGAUCCAAAUGCCGAAGUUAUUGCCCUAUCACCGACAACCCUAAUGGCUACAAACCGGUUCGUGUGUGAGAUUUGCAAUAAAGGAUUUCAGAGGGACCAAAACCUACAGUUACACAGGAGAGGCCAUAAUCUUCCAUGGAAGCUCAGGCAAAGGACUACAACAGAGGUCAGAAAACGGGUUUAUAUAUGCCCCGAGCCAACAUGCGUCCAUCACAACCCGGCUCGCGCGUUAGGAGAUCUUACUGGCAUUAAAAAGCACUUUAGCCGUAAACAUGGGGAGAAGAAAUGGAAAUGUGACAAAUGUUCCAAGAAAUAUGCAGUGCAAUCGGAUUGGAAAGCUCAUCAAAAGACCUGUGGUACUAGGGAAUACAAAUGUGACUGUGGAACCAUCUUUUCCAGACGAGAUAGCUUCAUCACCCACAGAGCUUUCUGUGAUGCACUGGCUGAAGAAAACAACAAAGUAAACCAAGGACUAAUGAACAGCAUCGGAUCAAACAUUCAAAGCCAGGUGCCGGAGCUCAUGUCGUCAAUGCCCUUAAACACCGAUAGCAAUACAUCCAUUGGAAUGUCUGAUUUCAACAAUUUUGACCCCAAAAACCCUCUAAAAUCCCUUCCUCAAGAUCUAGUCCCUAUGCCUUUUAAGUCCAUGAACAUGGGAGGAGGUAUGUUCUCCAGCAGCUCCGGCACUCUCUUUGGCUCUCCAAGAACCAUUUCUUCAUCUUCUUCGAGCCUCCAGCUUAGCUCCAAUACCUCAUCCGGAUUCAACUAUCGCCAAGAUAGUAAAACCGGAAGCCAAAUCUUGGGAACGGCUCAUAUGUCAGCCACAGCCUUAUUGCAGAAAGCAGCCCAAAUGGGUGCAACCGCAAGCAAUAGCAUAAACUCUCCCAUGAUGCAAAAGACCUUUUCCAGUAGCAUGACGGGUCCUGACCAGCUAUCUUCAAUUAAACCACCCUCUUAUGGAACCAUUCAGCAACAUAACACUUCAUAUGAACACUUCCCAUCUCAGCCCGAUCAAUCAAACAUGGUUGGAAUCAACGGUGGUGCAUUCACGAAUCAUAUCACGCCAAAGACCUCAGAAGAAAUAUCUCAACUUUUUGAUACGAGAACAGGAAGUCAAGCAAUGAAUGAGAUGGGGAUGUUCACUAGUAUGUACAUGAGUGGUGAGCAAAACCAGUUCUUGAAAAACAUGGAACAUGAAGAUAGCAGUGGUAGUUCAAGCUUGAUACAGGCAAGAACUGGAAUAGACCGUAAUUCAAUAGGACCAUCAAGGUUUGGAGGAAGCAGUGGGGGUGGUGAUGUGAUGACACUUGAUCUUCUGGGGAUUGGAAGAUCAAGGCCAACCAAUGUACAUGAACAACAGCAUAAUCAGUUGCAUCAACAAAGACUGGAACUUGAAGCAAUGAACCAGCAAAGAAUGCCAAUAAUGAAUCCCUUCCACCAGCAGCUUUCACAUGGCGAUUCAGCAAUUGAAAAACCCAUAUGGGAUGUUUGACAAAAUUGUAAACUUUCUGUUUGUUGAUUCAGCUUUAGUGUGUUAUCCAUGGAAGAAUAGACUUCUGACCGCAUUCAGAGACACAGAAGAAGGCUACCAGUUAAAUACCAAUGUGUUUGGUCGGUUACUCAGCAACUUGGUCAUUGUAUAACAUGAGCCUGUAAUUUGAAUUCAUAUGCUCCUCCUCAUGCAUAAUUUAAUUAGAUAGCUUUUUGUGAUA